AUGUCAGAUAUCAACACGAAGAUCCGGUGGUACGCUAAAAUACGUGAACUACUCACCAGACUUGACCUCCUUGAAGGCCAAUCAAUCGCCGCACGCGAUCGCGCGGAAAUAAUUUCGGAACUCGGAAUCGUACUCAAGAUCUUUGGAUACAGGAAAUUUUACGUCCCAGUAAAGAGGUUCGCGAGGAUUGACUGGUACCCCCAGAUGCAUGAGCUACUUUGCCAACUGGAAGCCCUCGAGGACCAGGAGGAUGUGGUGUUGGCUCGCCAGCAUAUCGUCAAAGAUAUCGGAUCGAUGCUGAAGGGAUUCGUGAUUGAUGAGCCUGUAAAAGAGCCGAGGGGGUUCAUGAUGGAGGCGCUUCCUCUCCGCCCACGGGCGGCAGGCAAUGGAGCCACGGGAACUGUUCCCAGUGUGGUUGCUACAGCUCCGGAGAACAAGGGAGAGAGCAACAAGGUAUCCGAGGUCGCACAAGUUGCGCCGAGCAAUCCUUCAGCCCUGGCUCAUUCUGCUGCCCCUGCUCUCAAGAAAGGCAAGACCUUCUUCCACUUCAUCCGUCACGCUCAAGCAGCCUGCAACUUGCGUGGAGCAGACUAUACCAAAGUCGAUCCCGAACUCACAGACCUCGGAAUGCGCCAGGCCGAACACAGUUUGGCCCCCAACUUCCCACCCAUGGCUCAGAUCACUCACAUCCUCGUGUCGCCAAUGCGACGUACAAUGAAAACCAUGAUGCUUGGCCUCGCACCUGCAUUACAGCGUGGCAUAAUUCCGAUUGCGUGGCCUGCGCUGAAGGAGUUGGGAGACUUCGGCGCCAACACUGGCAUCACAGCUGCUGAGCUGCAGGCUUGGAUAGCGGGUACGGUCGAUAUCAAUAUGAAGCUUGUUGGUGAAAGCUGGGGAAAGCCUAUGGUGGAGGAUAAUCAUGCAGCGCGCAGAGCACGAGCAAUUUAUGUUGAGCAUUGUCUUGGGACGUUCGCGACGGCUGUGAGAGUGGAUGGUGCUUGUGGCUGGGCCUGGCAGGACUCGGAGAACGAAAUGGGCGUUCGUGUAAAGCGCGUUCCUGAGGAGGAGAAUGUUCAUGUCGCAGUAGUCAGCCACGGUGCGCUUUUGAGGAGAGUCGCCCGGUCUUGUACUCAGACAGAAUGGAAGCCCCUCAACACCGAAUUCCGCAGCUUCGAGUACUGCCCGGACAAGAGGACCUUGAUAGAGACGGAAGAGAGUAACAAGUUCUUUGCUGGCGAGAGAGCGAGGGUCACAUCCCAGGCCUUCAUUUCUUUGUAA